AUGAGUUCCAACUACGACGAUACACCACUUCCGGAUGGUUGGAUCCGCGAAUUUGAUCCCAAGUCCAAACAUCCGUUCUGGGUAGACACGCAGGCCAAGCCGCCUCGGUCAAUAUGGGUUCACCCAUUCGAAGACGAGCAGUUCCUUGCAGAGCACCCUGACAUUCGUGAUCGACUAGCCGCAGAGCGUCCGAGCGAGCAACCGCCUCCGUACACGCCCCGGCGCCAUUCAUUCUCGGGUUCGUCAGCGUCUGGCUCGCGUCUGGCUCCUCCUGCCAGGAGCGACGCAAUUGGGACGUCACAUUCGCAUCCUGGGACGCCCGUCGCGGGCCAGUCCCAGCAUUCCAGAGGCUUCUUCGGCAAACUGAAGGACAAGGCGAUUGGCACGAAGGAGGAAAGGGAGGCGAGGCGCCGCGCAGAGGACGAAGAGAACAAGCGCUAUCUUGCAGAACUGCAGAAGAGGAGGCAACAGCGGGCUCAGAUGUCGCCGUCCCUCGGCAGUUACAGCCGCUAUCCUCAGUACGGCGGGUCUUCAUCGUAUGGUCAAUCGUACGGAGGAGGAUACAGUCAACCGAUGUACGCUGCUCCAGCCGGAAGUCCCUUCGGAUUAGGCGGACGUCGGACUGGAUUCGGCGGCGGAGGAUUCGGUGGAGGAGGAAUUGGCCUUCCCCUGUUCGCUGGGGCUGCUGGGGGUCUUCUUUUGGGAGAUAUGCUUGGUGGCGGAUUUGGGGGAGGAGGGUUCGAUGGUGGCUUUGGCGGUGGAGGAUUUGACAAUGGAUUUGGCGGAGGAGGAUUUGACAAUAACUUUGGUGGAGGCGGGUUCUUCUAG